CCCGCCGCGCUGCCCAGUCUGGCCCCGCCGCCGCCCGCCGCGGACGCGUACUGGCCGACGCCCUGCUAGCCGCCCGGGCCGCCCGCCCGCAGCCAUGAGCGUGCUCCGCCCGGGCCGAGCUCGCCGCCCCCUGGACUAGUCCCGCCGCCGCCCCGACCCGCCUGCACCAUGGAAUCUCCUGCCGCGAGCCAGCCCGCCGGUGUGCCCGCAUCCAAAGGAAAGUCCAGGAGGAAGAAGGAUUUACGAAUCUCUUGCGUGUCCAAGCCGCCGGCGCCCAGCCCCACGCCCCCCCGGAACCUGGACUCCCGGGCCUUCAUCACCAUCGGGGACAGGAACUUUGAGGUGGAGGCGGAUGACCUGGUGACCAUCUCGGAGCUGGGCCGAGGCGCCUACGGGGUAGUGGAGAAGGUGCGGCACGCCCAGAGCGGCACCAUCAUGGCCGUGAAGCGCAUCCGUGCCACCGUGAACUCGCAGGAGCAGAAGCGCCUGCUCAUGGAUUUGGACGUGAACAUGCGCACGGUCGACUGCUUCUACACCGUCACAUUCUACGGGGCCCUCUUCAGAGAGGGAGACGUGUGGAUCUGCAUGGAGCUCAUGGACACAUCCCUGGACAAGUUCUACCGGAAGGUGCUGGACAAGGACAUGACGAUCCCAGAGGACAUUCUCGGGGAAAUCGCUGUGUCUAUUGUGAGGGCCCUGGAGCACCUGCACAGCAAGCUGUCCGUGAUCCACAGAGACGUGAAGCCGUCCAACGUGCUCAUCAACAAGGAGGGCCACGUGAAGAUGUGCGACUUUGGGAUCAGUGGCUACCUGGUGGAUUCUGUGGCCAAGACGAUGGAUGCCGGCUGCAAGCCCUACAUGGCCCCUGAGAGGAUCAACCCGGAGCUGAACCAGAAAGGCUACAACGUCAAGUCCGACGUCUGGAGCCUCGGCAUCACCAUGAUCGAGAUGGCCAUCCUGCGGUUUCCUUAUGAGUCCUGGGGGACCCCGUUCCAGCAGCUGAAGCAGGUGGUGGAGGAGCCGUCCCCGCAGCUCCCAGCUGACCGCUUCUCCCCCGAGUUUGUGGACUUCACUGCACAGUGUCUGGCCCCAGCCUGCCCUCAGCCUGCCCUGUUCUGUCCUAGCCUGAGGAAGAACCCUGCGGAACGCAUGAGCUACCUGGAGCUGAUGGAACACCCUUUCUUCACCUCGCACAAAACCAAGAAGACCGACAUCGCUGCCUUUGUGAAGGAGAUCCUGGGAGAGGACUCGUAGGCGGCGGGGCCUUGGACCCACUCUGGCCCCGCGGCGCCGCGCAGCCCUCUGCGGCAGUGCUUGCCCACACCCAUAAGCUACUGCCAACCUGGCCUUGGGCACCCGGGAGGAAUCCAGGGGGCUGCUCCCGCCUGACAGGCUGUCGGUCCCAAGUGCCAAAGAACCAGACCAUCGGGGCCCUCCGGUGCCUCUGCCCCUGCUGCUCCAAGGACUCUGAGACUCUGGACUUGGAGGGGCCAGACGCCCCUCACAGAGAAGGCAGUGGUGCCUUGUACAGGCCGCUGCCUUGGCCCGGCCCUGGAUGCCACCCAAGUUGUAUAUUUUUUUAUCUCUCGACUGAAUGGACUUUGCACACUUGGCCCAGGCUGGCCACACCUCUGUCCCGGCAUCGGUAGGGGGACCCAGUAGGGGGAUGAGCCACGUGAAUCCCCUGGAGCCCCCAUGAGGCAGAUGCCAGAGCCACCGAGGCCUUCACCCCAGCACUGGCAGACGGGGCUCUAAGGGCACCGGGGCCACCUCGCCCCUGCCUGCCGCCUCUAGGGGUGUUGUUUCACUUUUAUUUUUUUAAUUUAUCCUCUUGAUUUUUUUCUUUCGCUUUGUGGGUUUGGCUGGUUUUUCUUGCAUGGUUUGGAGCCGAUCACUUUUCUGUCACCUGCUAGGGGACCAUCAGGCUAAGACCUGCCCUCUCUGCUCAGGCUGGGGUCUCGGGGGAUGGGCCCAAGGUCUCUGCUCAGAGAGGCGCUAGGGGAGCCAUCCAACUCACUCUCCUUGGGGACCGGCUCGACGGGGGCUGUGGAUUUGCUUUUGGUAUUGUUUUAAAAAAAAAGAAGAAAA